UGUGUGUGUGUGAAUGGGUGGAUGACUGGGUGUGUAAAGCGCUUUGGGGUCCUUAGGGACUAGUAAAGCGCUAUACAAAUACAGGCCAUUUACCAUUUCUUCUGUUCACCUGAGAACAGGUGUGGACAAACAGUGUUUCAUGGUUGUGAGUUGUUGUGUUUGGGUUGAAGUCACUUCCUGUUUUGUUUACUGUUGUACUUCCUGGCUCGGUUUCCCUCCUGUGGAACGCUGUGCCAGCCCCUCAUCACUCUCACCUGUGUGUAGUCACCUGUUCCCCCUCAGUGCAGGUGUGCUGCUCCUGUUUGAGUUCACAGAGGAAGCUGAGGAACCAUCCUGACCUCAGUAACCUCUGACCGGGGUGUAGUUGAUUUGAGAUCACAGAAAAUCCUGGUUGUCAUAGUUACAGGUGAUUCUCACAGGCCUGAACUCUAGUGUUACCUGUGCCCUGACAGGUAAUCCUCAUGGGCCUGGACUCUGCUGGAAAGUCGACCCUGCUGGCCAAGCUCCUGACCGGACAGGUGAUGGAGACAUCUCCGACUAUCGGCUUCAAUGUGGGAACACUGAACCUGGACAAGAAGACGUCUCUGACGGUAUGGGAUGUGGGAGGACAGAAACACAUGAGGCCCAACUGGAGGCUGUACCUGGACGACUGUGAGGCGCUGAUCUUCGUGGUGGACAGUAGCGAUCAGGGCCGGAUGGCGGAGGCGAAGGCGGCUCUGAAGAAGAUUCUGAGCGAAGAGAAGCUGCGAGGAGUUCCUGUCAUGGUUCUGGCCAACAAGAAGGAUCUGCCCAACUCCAUGACCAUCCGCGAGGUCUCCACCUCACUAGACCUCCCCAGCUACACAGACAGACUAUGGGAGAUUCAGGCCUGCAGCGCCUUGAAGGGACUGGGCCUCCAGCAGGCCUUCACCUCCGUCAACAAGAUGAUCAAAAGGAGCUGAGGGAGGGGGGAGGAGGGAGGUGAAGGGAGAUGUGGUUAGAUGUUCUAAAGCAAUAAUUUAAGGCACUGAAACUGUAUCUAUAAUAAAAUGUUUAUUUUCAAACGAUUGAUCGUGGUGAUUGAUUCUGACAUCAGACGAAUAUUUAAAUGAUCCCCCAACUCUGCCAUCGAUCAGUUUAAACCGAAUCAGUGACAUCACUGUCUUUUAGCUGCUUUGCUUUGGUCCACUCUGAGCAUGUGCAGACUCCUUAGGCUGAACCAGGACUGGAGCAGCAGCAGACCCGGGACCAGGACCCAGACUCCAUUAAAGAAGACCAGGUAGACCCACAAGUAGAGCAAGGAGGAUGUGUUCAGGUGAGGGCUGCCCAGCAGCCAAUCGGGACAGAAGGUCAUCCAGCCGCCGUACAGCUCGCACACGCUCA